AUGAAGCGAAUCCCCGCCGUCAGACAGUCAUUCAGUGAAUCGGGCUUUCACCCAUUGACUGGUCGCAGAUGGGGGACACGAGACAGUCAUAAAUACAAGACCGUUGCCACAGGAGUUUUGAUUGCGGGGACGUGGUGCAACACCCAAGACUACAUCUGGCACAAGGGGCUGCGCUGCGAGUCCAUCGUGACCGACUUCCAGGUGAUGUGCGUGGCGGUGGGCUCGGCCGCUCUGGUCGUCCUGCUCCUCUUUAUGAUGACUGUCUUCUUCGCCAAGAAGCUCUACCUGCUCAAGACCGAGAACCUCAAGCUGCGGAAGAGCAAAUACCGAACCCCUUCGGAGCUACACAACGACAACUUCUCCCUCUCCACCAUUGCGGAGGGAUCGCACCCAAAUGAUGAUCCCAGUGCCCCGCACAAGCUGCAGGACCCCUUGAAAUCCUGCCUCAAAGACGACGAAGUGUUUAACAUUCAGAAUUCCACCUCGCCCAAACUGGAUAACCGGAAAGGCAAUCCAGACGACCCCGAUGCAAACUGUUUGCAGAACAAUCUGACUUGA